AUGUCCGACACCAUUCCAGCUCUGCUUAUCGUUCUCAUCACCAUUCUCAUACCUCCCAUUGGCGUCUUCAUGGUUGCCGGCUGCGGUGCCGAUUUCUUCAUCAACGUCUGCCUGACCCUGCUCGGCUAUAUCCCCGGCCACAUCCACGCGUUCUACGUCGAAUACAUCUACUUCGACAGGAGGGAGAGAGCAAGGCACGGGCAGUUGACCGGCCACCAAGCACCAGGCGUGUACAGCGACAGAGUCCAGUCAGGUGGCGCACCGGGUUAUGGGACGAUUUAG